AUACAGAGGCGUGUUAGGAGCAGUGGAGUGUGAGCGCUCAAAGGUGAUGGAACGCAGUGUUGGAAAUCAUUGCUAGGUGGCGUUGACACCAGAUGAACAGUCUUAAGUGAUCCCUUUGGGGUUAAAAGUACUUGAGCAGCCAAGGCUAUGGAGGCUCCUCGCAGAGCCGUGUAUCUCUCACUGUCUGUGGAGGACCAGAAUGGAAAGGAGUUGAAUUACAGUAGUGACUCGUCUGAUUCACCAAGGGCCAGUACACACAGUUCAGAGGACUGCAGCGUCAUGACUUCAGCUGAGAACCUAAAUAGAAAAGUGAUUGUGCAAUCAGAGAACAUGGAUAUGGUGGACUGUGUAGCAACUUUGAAUAACAACUCUAACCAGAAUGUGACUUUCAUGAUCUCAGGCCUUCAAAAUGGCAGUGUUUAUUCUGGAAGUUCUAUGUCUUGUGUUCGUAGUGUCGUUGUUCAGAAAAGUGACAGAGUUGUAGAGAAAUGCCUCGACUUUGAAGCAGACAAAGUCUUCAAUAUGGGAUCUGUUAACCCAUCCAGCCAUGGCUUGUGUGAGAUCUGCAGCUCAGUGAGCUCUGAUGAGAUGGUAAUCAGAGGCAGCAGUUUCAUUAUUCAUGAGCCUGAUGAUAUACUCAGUGCUUCUGUUCUAGAACAAUCCCCAGAUAAGCUUUCUGAUGUUGGUCUGAUGCCUGGCUUGCUACCUGAUGUUUGUGAGGGUCUUGUUAAUAAUAUAAUCAACAUUUCAGAAGAAGGCAGUAAACAUCAUGAAUUUGGGGUCACCUUUAUACAGCCAAACAAUCAGACUUUUAUCAUGGAGGAGGAGGUCUUUCAGACAGUUUCUGGUUCUGUAGGUUCCCAUAAAGGGUCUGGAGAAAGCAGGUAUUUGGACUUCCUCACUGUGGUUGAUUGCUCUGAUUGUAUCACACCAGUUUGUCAGAAAAAGUUCCAUACAGAAGCGCAAAAGUCCACUAACUCCACACCAGGUGAAGCAAAGACUUUUCAUAUCCCAGCAGAGGAGCUAGACAUUAGUGGUAAUGUCCAAACCUCUACUCCUGUACAGUCUUUGACUGGUAAAACUUGCCUUCUAUCUCUUUCUGACUCUUUAAUUAACAAGGGAAAGAGUGAUUUAGGCAGUCCAAUAACUGAAGUCAUGAAGGAACCUCAAUCUUCUGCCAGUCAAAAACCUAAAACACCUUUGACUGCACCAGCUAAAAGUAAUAAAAUACAAACAAAAAGGUUUGUGAAGCCUGACUUUAGUAACAUGAAAUCAAAGAUUCUGCCAAGACCCGUGAGCACAUUUAAGCCUUCAACUGUGGCAGUUGUAAAGGCCUCAACAAACCUGGUCAAAAGACCUUCUCAGUCCAUGGAGCACAAGGCAUCUCUUACCAGUUCAACCAAACCUGAAGUGUCUUCCAACCUUAAGAAGGAUCAAAAUGGUUUAAUUAAAAGAAAGCCGUCCACUUCUCAAGAUGGCACACAUAUUGCAAAGUCCCGACAUCACACUUGGUCUGAAGCUUCUAAUACUAAUGGAGAAGAGUCAUGUGUGAAGGAUCAACAGGUCAGUAAGACCUCUGACAACUGUACUACUGCAAAAACCUCAUCUGUCGGUUUAAAAAGUCGAUUCGGCCUGACUAAACAGGGUAAAGAAGAAAAACAUGGGAGCGGUUGGAACAUGUGGAAGAAACCACAGAAAUCUGCUUCAAAGACGGACUCGUCACGUCCAGCAGAAGUGGGAUCGUGUGACUGGAGCAAAAACAGUGCUGCAGCCCAGCCAUCGUCAUCCAGGACUGGUGGCGCUCCGGCUGGUCAGACUCCAGCUGCAAGCCCUCAACCACUAACUCUGUCUGCGUCAAAGCUUAAGUCUGGCACGGCAGGAAAAAAUGGCUGCAUCGCCACUGACAUGCCUUCACAGAGAAGAGGAGGUAAUUCAAACAUGCAUGUGACAGAGGCUGCAAGAACUGAGGGUUCAGGGGGAACCCAUUCCAGGUCCUCACUUUCUGCUGCUCACCCACAUGCUUCCAAACUGCCUGUGAAACCAAGAGCCCAAAUUAAAAGCUUUAAUGCCUCCAGUGGACUCUCAAAACCUGAUUUGGAGCCACCUUCAGGAGGAAAAGCUCCAUCCACCAGGACUACUGUAAUAAAAUCCAGGGUCCAAAGUCUGCCUCCUAAAACCCCUUCAUCGGGGUACAAGAACACGUCAUCAUUGUCUCAAACAUCUGUGAGGACUUCAUCAAGCAUCUCGAAAACUCCUAAUUCAUCACGACCUGUUCGAGUUUCUGGUGCUUUAUCAGUUGACAAGAACAGAACGAAGGCGAGCACACAGAGCCAGCAGCAGAGCCAGAUCAACGGCCAGCCGGACCUUGUGCCGCCGGAGACCAAGCCACGAGGGCUGGAUUAUUACAAGACUCUGUGUGAGAAAAAGAACCAGACCAUCCAGCAGCUGAGAAGCAGUUUACUAGCCAACAACCACAAAUUCGAAGCCAUCACUAUAGUUGUGCAAAAUCUUUACACACAGCACGAAGAUGCAGUGAAGCAGCGCAGGGAACUAUCUGUAGAACUUCUGAACCUGCGUCAAGAACUUGUGAGCUCGGCCCAGUCAUGCGAUCUUUUGGAGAAGGAGAAGGACGAGCUGAAUGCUGCCUUCGAUGGAGUGCUGCAGAAGGUGCAGGAGCAGCACCGCUCAGACCUGGUCGACCUGGAGCAGCGGCUAAAGACUUUCUACUCAGCCGAAUGGGAGAAAGUCCACCAGACCUACCAGGAGGAAGCGGACAAGUGCAGAGCCCAGAUGGAGAAACAGCUUGAGGAGUUAAGAGCCAACCAUGAAGUGCUGAAAAAAGAACUGGAAGCAAGCCAUGAUGAGAAGGUUAAGAGCCUUAAUAAGAACUAUGAAGAAUCUUUUGAAGAACUGAAAAAAUAUCAUGAGCAGGAAAUUCAAGCUCUUGUUAAAACACAGAAAGAUACUGAAUUAUUGUUGUCUAAUCAAAUUGAAGAACUGACCACAGUUAACAACUCCCUAAGCGAGAGAAUAAAAGCAGAGGAGGACCGGAGGAGAGAUUUGGCUGAGAAAUGUCAGAAGGACUCCCACACGCUUUAUCUGGAGCAAGAGCUUGAAAGUCUGAAAUUUGUGCUGGACAUUAAGAACAAGCAGAUCCAUCAACAGGACAAGAAACUCAUGCAAAUGGACAAACUGAUGGAGAGGAAUGUACAGCUUGAUGAAUAUCUCAAGAAACUCCAGCAAGAAAAUGAGGACCUAAAAGCCAGGAUGGACAAACAUGCAGCCUUAUCAAGACAACUUUCCACAGAGCAGGCCGUCCUGCAGGAAUCUCUACAGAAGGAGACCAAAGUCAACAAGCGUCUGUCCAUGGAAAAUGAGGAGCUGUUGUGGAAACUCCAUAACGGAGACCUGAGCAGUCCACGCAAGAUCUCCCCCUCAUCCCCCUCCAUGACUCUGCAGUCCCCUUGCCACUCAGGCAUUUUCUCCAGCCCCCCAGUUUCCCCCAGAUAACACUGGCAUUCAGCUUCCAGGAAGCAGUUUCUCAAACUCUCUGCCCAAGACAGAGUUCUUCUACUGAAAGCUAUAUUAGCUGUGUUGGUCCAGAUACGGUCACCUGAAAGACUGUAUACAGAACGGAUCUCAGGUGAACCUUGUUCAGUGAAAAGACUUAAAUAUUAUAACUAUAUAAAAUAUUGCACAGAAGCACUUGAUCAAUGAGGCCACCUUUUGUACUUUUGCCUUUUAUGUUUCAUUUGGAAUGAAAAAUAUCUCAGGGUUUCAUCAUCUUGACUACGUUGUUGUUGUUAGUUCAGACUGUUUUCCAUUUCAUUGAAUUUUAUUUCUUUUGUUAUUUGGAAACGAACAAGUGAAAUGGCUUUUCUUUGUCUUUCGUUUGUCUUGAGUUCUGUGUAGUUGACCGCUGUGUGGCAUCAAUCAGUAUGAAGGCCUUUAAAUAAUUUAAAAAGCUUUAUCGCUUACAGCCUUUGGAUUUAAAUGGAAUCUUUCUAUUUUGUUUUACACUAUUAGUUGAUCAUGGUUAAAUUUAUUUUUGCAGUAUUUGUUCCUGUCCCCUAUAUUUAAAAAAAGGAAAUGUAUAUGUAAGAAAAAUAAUAUAAAAGAUAAAGAAACCCACACUGUACAACAUAAAUCAUAUCUUAUAUAUGAAGACAUUUGAUUGACCAGACUGAAUACAACAAAAUGCUUGUGGUAGAAAAGUAGUUUUCUAUAGAUUAGAAACUUUAUCACAGCUUUAUGAAUCGAAUCAUGUGAAUCAUUUUUACUCAGUUCAUUUCUACCCUGUAGUUUAGGCUCUUUCACUGCUGCUGAGCCUUAACAAGAUCGUGGUAGACUUUCUGUUUUGUCUCUUUUCCCUAACUAGCAAUUGACCUUGGAACCUAAACACAAGUUGUGCAUGUUCCAUUGCCUUCAACAUUGCCCCCUGCUGCUCAAAACCUCCUCUGCAGCUUUAAGGUCUAACUAUUUCAAGUGUUUCAAGAGUCUUCAAGUGUCUUUUCUAUUAAUUAUAAGUGCACCUGAGGUUGAUAGGUUCACUGUUUGUGUUGAUUUAUGUGUGCGUAUUAAAUUUAUUGGUGCAAAGAUUUUUUUUUUUUGAAGUCUGCAAUUAAUAAAGUAAUUAAAAACAUUUGUUCAUUACAAAUAAAGUGCUUUGUUUUCAAUAGUU